AUGCCUCUGAAGAGCAAAGGGAAAGGCAGAAAAGGAGUGAGGCAGCAGCAGAAGAGAAAUAUAGCAGAAAGCCAAGCUGAAGAGAAGUACAGGAAAGCAGCACAGGAGGCUGACAUGCCAAAAGAGCACCUGGUUCCCUGGAGGGACAUAACCUGGCAGGCAAAAGCUGACAAUGAAGUGCUGAAGCAGAGGCUGUGGGACCUGGAGAAAGCGCUGGAGCAGGCACAGGAAGACAAACGAGAUAUUCAUGAAGAAAUGACCCAGCAAUACCAGGAGCUGCAGAAGCAGAGGGCAGCCCACAGCCAGUGCUUGGAGGUGAAGGUGAAGAGCCUACAGGAGCAGCUCACCACUAGGCUCCGGGAGAGCCAGCAGACCCAGGAGACUGCCCCCCAGGCACUAGCAGAGAGGGACAGGACCAUCGCUCAGCUGCAGGGCAGUCUCAAUGCCAUGGAGAGGGAGUAUAAGAAGAUCCUCCAUGGUAGCCUGGACCUUGUACUGGCCAAGAUGGCAGAGGCCAGCCAGCACUGGGAAGAGGUAGGAAUGACCAUUACCAUGGAGAACAAGGAGCACCUACAGGAGUUUGGCCUCAACCCCCUGGAAAUACAGUGCCCGGGGGACCCCCGGGAGCAGGACAGGCUCUCAGCCCCUACCUGCCUAUCAGCACACUUGGAGAGCUUCCCACAUCCACUGCCCCACACCCCAGCUGCCCCAGGCUAG